GGUUAAGUCAAACUACGAAAUUCCUACUACAGUAAUAUUAUUUAUCUUAUUUAUUUCUUAAUCUUAGUUUUUCCUAGUAGGCUAUAAGUGAGUCAAACUGUCAAAACAAACCAUUUUGUGUACGGUAAGUUAUAGGAUGAUUGGGGAAUUUAUUGGUAAUUGAAAGCAACCCCGAAUAAUUAAGCGAACUAACUAUCUAAAUUACAUGUGAUGUCACUCAGAAUAACUGAUAACACGGAAGAAGUUAUAUAAACGAUGCAAUUUAAAUUGUUUGUCAGUAGGAUCUGUUCACACUCAGAGAAACUUGUACAUCUCACCCAAAAAAGAAAUAUGAGCAAUACAAUGAAGGCAGUAGUUAUCCAAAGCACCGGGGACGUUUCCGUCUUGAAGGUUGAGAGCGUACCUGUUCCAGAGUUGACUUCAAACCAGGUUUUGGUCAAAAUUCACGCAGCUGGGUUGAAUCCUGUUGAUACAUACAUUCGGGGGAAGAAGUUCGGGUAUGACCCCAAAUUACCAGCCAUCUUGGGGGGAGAGGCUGCUGGGGAAAUUGUGAAAGUUGGAAACCAAACUGGCAGUAAGUACAAGGUGGGUGACCGGGUGAUUUGCUGUCUGCGAGCCCCUAACUAUGGAGGGUACGCAGAGUUUGCUGCUUGCGGAGUCGGGGAUUUGAUACCUCUCCCAGACAAGUUAACGUACUCUCAAGGAGCAGCUGUUUAUGUGCCUUAUUUUACUGCCUACAAAGCCCUGAUAGCAAGGUGCAAGCUGCAACCCCAGGAGUUAGUCAUGGUGCAUGGAGCAAGUGGUGCUGUCGGAGUAGCUGCUACACAGAUCGCAAAGGCUCAUGGAGCAACAGUAGCUGGGUCAGCAGGUAGUGAAGAAGGGAUGAAACUGUUGAAAGAUCUGGGUGCCGACGUAGUAGUUAGUCACAGGGAAGAUGGACACUUACAGAAAGUCCUGGCCAAGACUGGGCGUCAAGGAUUUGACGUCAUUUUGGAGAACAGAGCAGACAUAAACUUGGGCAUUGAUCUGGCUGCUUUGGGAGUCGGUGGCAGAAUUGCAGUAGUUGGAUCUAGGGGUGAAGUACAAGUAGAUCCUCGUAACCUGAUCAGAACUGAAGGCUCUGUCGUUGGAGUUAAUUUGGGGAAAACAACUCCGGAAGAGUUCAUUCAAUACUCAUCAGCUUUAGUGGCUGGUAUGGAGAAUGGAUGGCUAAGCCCAGUUGUCGGCAAAGAAUAUGCAAUGGAGGAAAUACAACAAGCACACACAGACUUGAUAAAAUCGCAUGGAGCUUAUGGGAAACUAGUACUUAAAAUACUCUAGCUUUCUUGAAUGUAAGACUGAAACUUUCUAAGGGAAUUGUGUUAGGAAAGCUAAUUUGGUAUUCAAUAAGAUUUUAUCUACAAAGGAGUUUAGCUUACAGAUGAUUGGUUUACGUAAGAGAUUUAUAUUUCAUGCAAUAAUUACGAUAGGGACGAGAGAACACAAUGAUAUUAGACUGACAAAUUAUUUUUUGUGUCUAUAUCAUACAUGUAAAAAAUUUAAAUACUCAAUUUAACUUAGCAUUUGAAUAUUAAAUAUGGGCUACAUUUUUGAGGUGAGUAAUUUAUUUACAUCAUAUUAACUACAGCCAAGCAAGACUGAAAAUUCUGAAAAGUCCUUUUUAUAUGUUAAUAAUAUUCAUCAGAAAAUUCUUAAACACAUUCUUUGGAUAGUGGAUUUUAUUAUAGGCCUACUGCCCAUUCAUGACUGAGUGCCAUAGUGCGCAAAGAAGUUCUCUUGAUAAAUAUAUUUUAAUCUUGAGCUCUCGUUCAAUCAAGGAGACUAAAAGUUUAAUAAAUAAAAAAAUUAAUUUUUCGCAACAGUAUUAAGCGUCUGCUUUUAAUUAUAAAAUGUUGACCUGUGGGCCACGCUCCGAAAUCGUGAAUGUCCCCUGCGGUUGCGGUGGACGUACAGAGGAUAAACCUCUUCGGUCAGACAAGCAUCAUCUUUGUCUCCCCAAAUCACAGUGAAACUUUGAACGUUUCCUGUGGUCACGUUAACAUAAUCAUCAUUCAACAUAUAUCGCUGUUGCAGAGACUUCAUUGUCUACCGUGAUUGAGGCAAAAUUGAUAUUUCAAUAGCACAAUCUUUGCAGACGCUUCUGGUGAUCACUAAUAUAAAAGCUUGGCUUUUAAAUUGAACCCCUUACAGAAUUUAUUGGAGAUAUGAAUUAUGAUUAAGGAAUCAUAAUCCAUGUCAGGCCCCAGCAACCGCCAUGUCUAUCGAUAGAGAGAUAGUAGUAGCAUACCGUACUUUUUAGCCAAUUUAUUCUGAGCCUAGCAAUACAAAUAAUCAUCAUCACCACACCAUCAUUGAGACUGUGAUACUAUUGACACUUUUUUGUAAACAUUACUGUUGUUUGCUCUUACAGCUCUGUGUAAAUAACAAUUCAUCUUGUUCUUAAGUUAUUAAAGAAUAUUAUAUAGAUUAAAUACCAAAAACUUGCUGUAAUACUAUUAAAUGUAAAUAAAAAUACUUAAAAUAAAUCUAUUUUCAUUACAGUA